AUGGAGAUUUCUGCAAGCUUGAAUUUACAUAUCAUCGUGCCAAACAAAAAUCCUUUCGUUCUGUACGGAAUCGAAGUUUAUACCAAUUUCUCACGCACUGUUGUUACCAAAAGAUUCAAUGAUUUUUACAAAUUUCAGUGCGUUUUGUGCUAUUUUUCACAUACGGAAUAUAAUUCCAAAAAGAAGCUUCUUGAUUUGAUCCCAAAACUGCCCAGCCAACAAGUAUUUAUGAGCAGUGUAUCAGAAGCUGCCAUAAAAGAACGAAAAAUCGACUUAAACUACUACAUCAAAUCUCUUGUUGAGAUCCACAACUAUUUCGUCGCUUCUAAUCCAAAAGCUCCAUGGGUAUACUUAAUCAGAGAGUUCUUACAAGUUCCUGACAUUGAGCUUAAGGAAGCUGAAGCAGCUCUUAUUAUACAGCAGAAAUUCAAAAAAUAUAAAACUUAUUUAUUAUAUAGAAACCAGAUCCAUGAAAAAUAUAUUAAUAAAGGCUAUGUAUCUGACUUGGAUGCACUGCCUGAUGCUCUUUUUAUUGAAAUAUUCGGCUACUUGAACUUGGAAGACCUCAGCAAAGUAGCGAGAGUGUCAAAGAGAUGGAACCAAAUUUCACUGCAGCCCAUUUUGUGAAGGACACUUUCUGUUUUUCCGAAUAAGUUCAUUCUUGAUUCACAAAGGCUGAAAGCUAUUUGCCAAAGGGCGUGGCAGCUCACUUCUUUAGAUUUCAGAUACUGCCAAUAUAUUGAUGCGCAGUCACUUCUUGCAAUUGCUCAAAAUUGCAAUCCUUUGUCGUAAGAUUUAUGCAGGCUUCAAACAUUACUGCUUGAUGGAUGUGAUGGAGUUGAUGACCAUGCACUGGUGUGCUUGACUGAAAAGUUUCCAAACCCAAGACAAAUUAGGCUCAGCUCGAUUGAUUCUGAGAUAAGUGGGAUUGAUGGAACAAUUCUCCCUGUGGACUUAAAAGGAGGCGGCAGAGGGCUUACUCGGCUAUCUUUAUCUGAAUGCAGAUGUGUUACUGAUCAAGGAGUGGCUUAUUUAAGAAAACUCAGGCGCUUACACCUACUCAUUAGCAGAUGGGUUAUUUUAAUUAUUUUGUUCUUAAAAGAUGUAAAAAACAGAAGAAAUUAGAAAACCUCAAUUAAUAUAAUCUGCCUUUUAGGAAAUCAUCUUAAAUAAGCGAAAUUAUCAUUUAAAUAAAUUAAUCAUUAAUUAUAUAUAAAAUUUCUUGCUUGCUCAUGAGGGCUUAAUUUAUCCAAAAAGAUUUUAACAAUAUUUUGCUCUAUCAGAAAAGAGCUAGAAGAUUUGAGUUUACUUGGCUGCUAUUCAGUUGUUGAUAAAGGAAUUGAACUGCUUGUUAAGGGUUGCCAUAGCUUGAAAAAGAUAAAUUUAUCAGGCACUUAUAUAACAAAAGAAGGGUUAAACUUCAUCAGCAACUCAUGCAAAAAUCUUGAGCAUAUAUUGCUUCAUAACUGCAAAUUACUAUCAGAAGACGAUAGAAAAAUAUUUAAAGGUGUCUUAGUUGAGCUUAGAGAAGACAUUUUCAGAUUUCAAUUGCUUCCUAGCGACACCGUCCUUGGACUUAUUACAAACAAUAUACUGAGAACAAGGAGUUCUCUGACUAUUCAAAGGGUGGGUCAUUAUGUUACAAGGAAACUGGAUCAACAAAAUAUUGAGAUUGAUGUAAGAACAAUGUAGAUUUUAUGUAAAGGGCGCGUAUUAAGCCCAUAUAUGACCCUAAAAGACGUCCAAAACGACAUGUGAGGGUCCUCAAUGCUAACCCUGCACUACAGACUGAAGGAAGAGACAAAAGAAAUCCAAAGCAAUCAUAAAAUUAAAGAAAUCUAGAUGCGCAGCGUCCAGAGCUUACACCAUUUUUACACGCAUUGGGCUCACAGGUUGCUGGGUUACCUGCUUCGAUUUGCCAGAAGUGGUGUUGGUGUCUUCAAUAGUUAAAGAGUGAUAGACUUCUGUCUUCCUUGACGCUGUGUAGCGGCUAAAAGCUUUCGCUGCCACAGGAUGGAAGCGGAAAACCACAGACCUUUCAGAUUGCUAGGGACAGACUAAAAGGGCAGGCGCCUCCCCUUCAAGUUAUUUUACUGUCUUGGAGAAUUUUCAUGGAAAACCAAGCCUCACAAUCAUAAAGUACAAAAUUAGUGAUAUCAAUUAGGAAAUCAGCACCUUACGAAUUUCACCAUUUUGUGAUUAUAAUCCAAGCAAAUCAGCUGCUGAAUGGCUACUUGUGAAGAUGCCAAAAUGGGUUCCUGACGAGACUGCUGAAAUCUGCCCGAAAUGCCAAGUGAGAUUUUGGCUAUUGAUAAGAAAGCAUCAUUGCCGGAACUGUGGUUUAGUCAUUUGCAACAACUGCAGUCUUAAACGGGAAUUCAUCCCAAUACUCGGAUAUACAAAAACUCCAGUUAGAGUGUGCAACGACUGUGAGGCUAUUAUUUCUAAGAAGAAGUAA